GUCGGCGUCUCCGUUAUCACCACAAGAACUGUUUAAAUUACAGCCGCAGAUGCUGGGACAGUAUUUAAAUUAUUAGGCGCACCUUUUUCCUUGGUGUGACCGGCUUGUUGCGAAGAAGUAGAUAUUUGUUGUCUUGGAGUUGUCCCACCCACCCCAUCCCUGAUCGAGGCCUGGAAGAGUCACCCAACUGCCUGCCAUUGGCAACGUCGCCAAACCACGUAUAACGCGCUGCCUAUCACGCUGCUGAGUUGUAUUUAACCAUUUACACCCUAAAAGGCCCUUGGCGAAAUCCCGCAAAGAAGGCAUAGGGGUAUAUUUGAACACAUUACCGAAAGAAACAAUUGAAAGGGGAAAGAGAAGAAAAUUACGAUUAGCAUAAUAAAUAAUGUAUGCGGUGUAGCGGCACCGAAUGAGGGUGUUGUCUCGAGCUCAGCUACCUGUCGACUCAUGCAGAAUGUAAUGAAAAUGAGUCUUCUUGAAAUAAGUGAAAACGUGAAGUUGGGCAGAGAAUUCGCCUUAUUGGGAAAUUAUGAUUCUGCAUUGGUAUACUAUCAGGGCGUGGUUGAGCAGAUUCAAAAAUAUUUAUCCUCUGUCAUAGAUCCUACAUACAAGCAGAAAUGGAAUCAGAUAUGGCAAGAGAUAAAUGAAGAAUGUCAGCACGUCAAAGAGAUUAUGGCAACGUUAGAUGGGUUUAAGAAUAACAAUUCUCCAUUGCAGGCUGUUCGGCAUGAAGGGCCAGCACAUGAUUUAGAUGUCUGGUCAUUGCCUGUGCCUGUAGAGCGCAAACCAUCGCCACCCCGAAGAAAACGACAAUCCACUCCCUGCAAUGACCUUAGAGCUCCUCAGAAAGAUCGCCUAGGGGCUCCAGUUAAAGGUUCUACCCGUCCAGUAUCUCGACAAGGAAACAAUGACAAAGCCAAAGUAAACAAAACCAAGGAAAAGAAAGGGAAGGAGGACAAGAUCAAACAAACUGAUGCCUCUGAUAGUGAGCCAAAAAAAUUUGAUGGGUCUGGAAAUGACCGGGAUUUAGUGGAAGCUUUAGAGAGAGAUAUAAUAUCACAAAAUCCAAAUGUUCGAUGGGAUGAUAUAGCAGAUCUGGCACUAGCAAAAAAAUUGCUGGAAGAAGCAGUAGUUCUGCCUAUGUGGAUGCCUGACUUCUUUAAGGGAAUCAGACGCCCUUGGAAAGGAGUUCUGAUGGUUGGCCCCCCAGGAACUGGAAAAACAAUGUUGGCUAAAGCUGUUGCGACAGAAUGUGGAACAACAUUUUUCAACAUUUCAUCUUCAACACUUACAUCCAAGUAUAGGGGAGAGUCGGAGAAACUGGUUCGCCUUCUGUUUGAAAUGGCCAGAUUUUAUGCCCCAACAACCAUUUUCAUUGAUGAAAUUGACUCCAUUUGCAGUCGUAGAGGAACUGCUGAAGAACAUGAAGCGAGCAGAAGAGUGAAAGCAGAACUCCUCGUUCAGAUGGAUGGUGUUGGCUGUGCAUCAGAUAAUGAUGAAUCUUCCAAGAUGGUUAUGGUUCUGGCGGCAACUAAUUUUCCAUGGGAUAUUGAUGAAGCUCUAAGGCGGCGACUGGAAAAGCGGAUUUACAUUCCUCUACCUUCAGCAUCCGGCAGAGAGGAGCUUUUGCGGAUAAAUCUGCGAGAACUGGAAGUGGCAGAUGAUGUGGAUGUCAAAAAAAUAGCUGAACAAAUGGAAGGGUAUUCUGGAGCAGAUAUUACCAAUGUUUGCAGGGAUGCCUCCAUGAUGGCCAUGCGACGUCGCAUCCAGGGCCUCUCUCCUGAGGAAAUACGAAAUAUUUCCAGGGAUGAAUUACAGAUGCCAACAACCAUGGAAGAUUUUAGAAUGGCAUUGAAAAAAGUUUCAAAGUCUGUUUCUGCUGCUGAUCUUGAGAAAUAUGAGAAAUGGAUUGCUGAGUUUGGCUCCUGUUGACCAACAUAGACAUCUUUUAAUUAGUAGGAGCUAUAUAUUUUGGGUUCCUCGGGUAAAACAAAAGAUUGCCUUCUCAACUACAGGCCAAAAGUAAUUGGCAAGAGUGCCUUACUUACAAUGAAUGUCAGAAUUCGUGCUUAUUUCUUUGAUGUUUAACUUUAUAGAUUUUUUUAUUUAAACCACAGAUAUUGCAAAACCAAAGUAAAAGUUCUCGGAGAAUCUUGCCAUCAGGAUCUGUUUAAAAUUUAAACAAGUGUGAAAAAUUCUAUUUAAAUCUAACUUUUGUUUCCAGCAAUGUUAAUGUGCUUCGAAAAUGUAUUAAUUGACUAUUUUCUGGAUCAUUUAUAACUAGCUUAACAACUGUUAAAACAAAAAUAUUAUAAGUUUUCAUUUUACUUGUUAAAUUAGCUCCCUGUCGCAAUCACCCUCAUUCAGGCUAAUCAAGCAUGUUCAUUUUCAAAUGAAAUAAAAAGAAAUAGAGGAAAAACAAAAUAAAGCUAAUGAUAUUUCAAUAUAAUUCUUUUAAUUAUUUUUAUUAGAUUUUGAAGGUGAGUGUAAUGAGUCGACUCGAAUAGACAUGAAGAUACAACACGUGUUUAUUAAAUCUACAUACAGCAAGGAUCUGCAGACAUCACAUCUCCGAGCUUCUACUCAUUCUAACUAGCGUAAGCAGGCACUUGAUAAUAUGAAGCACCUAACAGGCGGAGUCCAAAUAACAAACUAUAAUUGGCUAGUAUGAAAUAGCCAAUCUACAUCCUUCCUUGUAGAAACAAAAGCAGCAUCGGUGGCUAAGCAAUAUAGGUGGAAUGUUAAUAAUACAUUUGCAAAGUUACACAAGCGCCAUAUCUAACGGGUGGCCUGCAAACCCAUCCGGCCCGUGUGCGGUACGAGUCAUUGUGGAGUAAGGAGCAGCACUGUUAACAAUAAAUACCGUUUGUUCAC